CAUCCACAAUAACCCGCAAACAUGGGUAAAGUUCACGGUUCGUUGGCGCGUGCCGGUAAGGUCAAGUCGCAGACACCAAAGGUCGAGAAGCAGGAGAAGAAGAAGACGCCAAAGGGCCGCGCGAAGAAGAGAAUCACAUACACUCGCCGCUUCGUCAACGUCACCAUGACCGGUGGCAAGAGGAAGAUGAACCCCAACCCGACUUCAUAGACGCCAACUUCCUGAUGGGGGAGGUUUGAGAUGGUUGCAGAAAUGCAGAGUCCAAGGAUGAAAUGAGGGGUGGGAUGUCGCAUGGGGCUGGCGUUCGGUGACGGGAUGUUCACGGGGCCACAUUGUCUCUAGAGCUGCUCAGCUGGACGAGGUAUGCUGAAGGGACCCUUAAAGAUGAGGUCGGUGACUGUGCGGAGCAUGAGGC